AUGGUUACCAAAGCUCAACAACGCAGGGUCUAUCUUGCCUGCCGCAACGUCUUCACUGGUGACAAAGCGCUGCUUCGAAAGAAGAGAAAGAUACAAGAUGAAAUCGCAAGACGGCCAAAGGCCAUGGCUUCCCUCAUCAAAGACUUUGGCCAGGAGGAACUCACCAAGAUCCUGAUGGGCAUGCUGGAACGACGAAUAUUCGAGUCGGAUAUCAGAGCCAAACUUGAGUUUCCAGAGUUGUUUCAAGUCUCGCCCGAACAGCAUGCGAUGCGUGAGGAGUCCGAGCUCGAUGCUGCGAGAUCAAUGUCUGAGGCUCUCGAGGACAUUGCUGAAGCUGAAGACACCGAGGAAGUAGAAGUUGAUGGCUUGGUGUACGAGAUCAAGAAUAGUGAAGAUGAAGCAACACCCGCCGGCGCAGUCUUGCCACCGAUGCCGUCGCUGUAUCCGUCUUUCAUCCCAUAUAAGGCACAGCACCUGAUACUGAACGAGGCACAGCGUCUACUGGAAGAGAGUUGUUUCGAUUUUGCCCAGAGAUGGAUCCCCCAACUCCUCGAGGACAAGAAAUGUGAGGCGCCUUGUGCUAUCGAAUUGACCGAGUGGGUUCGGCUCCUUGCCCACAGGGUAGGAAAGCUUCCUCAAGGGGCGAUCGAUCAAGGGGAGCUCCGCGCGAAAGAGAUCCUGUUCGCCACAAGCAAUUUGAGGCAUAGUGCGGUCCACCGGCUGUCUACAUCCGCUCGCGGAAUCCGAGAUCUUAUCAAAUCAGGAGUGGAACUCGCAUCAAUGCUCCAGGACCACGCGCGAGCACUGCAACUGGAAGACUUCUGUCGGGAGAUCGACAACAGCAUUCAGGCUAUGGAGCUUAACAAGAAUGACCUCAAGAACAACACGACGACUGCUUUGCAAGUUCUCCAGAAGCAACGCGAGGAGCUUGACAGACAGGAAACAGAGAUCUUCGCAAGAAUGAUAAAGGAUGAUGAGGAGAACAAGGGUAUCAUCGGGAGCUUACUUGAGGACUCAGUGAAUAGAAUUCUGAAUCGAGGCGUAGAAAACGAGACGGCCUUGGCUGAAGACACUGACUUGGGUGCUGAUGAACAGGAAGACCGGACAAAUGAGGUGGUGGACUCGAUGCAACAGAACGUUGAAGGCCAAAGUGAGUUGAAUGGCGUAGGCAAAGUCAAUGACGGGCCGCACUUGUCGUGA